GAUAACCCUAUAACCAUCUCAGAGAAAAAGAGAUAACCCUAACCUCAAAAUUGCCUGGCCUGCGCCGCCGACCUCGAGAGAUCCGGGAGAUCCAUGGCCUGCGCCGCCGACCUCGAGAGAUCCGGGAGAUCCAUGGCCUGCGCCGCCGACCUCGAGAGAUCCGGGAGAUCCAUGGCCUGCGCCGCCGACCUCGCGAGAUCCAUGGCCUGCGCCGCCGACCUCGCGAGAUCCAUGGCCUGCGCCGCCGACCUCGCGAGAUCCAAGGCCUCGGCCGUCUCCUUCCGACCUUCGACCCUACCGGGCACCACCGCCUGGCGCCCCUGCCUCCCCUACUUCCAGCCCCCCACCCCACCCGGCACCGAUGCCACCACCGCUCCGGACUCCCGCCUCCCCGCCUCCUUCCAGACUCCCACCCAACCGGACACCGAUGCCACCACCACCGGCCGCCGCUCCUGCCUUCCGGCCUGGGUCUUCCUCGACAAAAAGGGGCACAUCGACAAGUCCCAGAACGCAAGCAAAGCUAAAAGCUGUACCAGCGGAGGGAAAGAGGUCAUUGUCUCCUUCUUCCCCGCGGAACCACCAGGGCUCUCCCACUUCAGCAUCCACUGCCCCGGCCUGAGGACGGAGGACUUCGCCAGGCAGCCUUUCAUCGUCCACUCGGAGGAUAACCUCGUCUUACUCAGCUUAUCUCUCAAAGGCGCCCCCCAAACUGAUUACUGUAUCUACAGAGCUGGUUGCAAUCCAUCGCUCAAGUUUGUCAAGGGCUUAGGUUCUUAUAUCAAGGCGAUGAAGUUGUCCAUUCACACCAUGGGUUUCGUGACCCUUGGCGACGGUGAGCACUUUGUCCUGGCCGCUCUCAAAUACAGACUGACUGAUGGCCAGUACGAAGUCCAUGUCUUCCGGUCCAAGCUGGAAACGUGGACUUGCAAUGUGCUGCUUGAGGCUGAGCUCCAUGCCCACGGGAUGGUACUUGAGCCUCAGAAGGUGAUUACACUCGGAAGUGGCAAGAUAGGCUGGGUCGAUCUCUGGAAAGGUAUUCUGGUGUGCAAUGUGGUCAACGAGAACCCCGUGCUCAGCUUCAUACCGCUGCCUAGCUUGCUCCCUGCCAAUCGGGUUGAAUUCAGCCAAUGCGACGCUCGUUCCUUUCGUGAUGUCGUGUGCCUGGAUGGCAUGAUCAGGUGCAUUGAGAGGGAAGUUUGUAGAAGACGCAUCGUUCGUGAAAUGCCAGAUGUGUCAAACACGGAGGUACUCCAUGAUUCAGAGUUGUGGUGGGAUCCCAAGGAUGACACAAAAGAGGACUAUGAGGACCUUGGGUGGAGGAUCAUCACAUGGGAUAGGCCUAUUUCAUCCAACUGUUGGCACAAGGGUUUCUUGGUUCAUGUUGAUGAAAUCCUUGUCAACAACAGCCCAAGUCAUUCUGUUACGUUGGCUGAGAUAGGGCACAAAAGUCCUCAAAAUUUGACAUUGAAAGAACUUGUAACAUGCUUUCCUACUCUGAGCAUGGUUAACAGUGAUGUUGUCUACCUCGUGUGCAAGGGUGUAUUGGAGGACCAAAAGUCUUGGGUGGUCGCCAUUAACUUGGAGAAGAAAACAGUUGAAGAACUGGUGCCAUUUUCUUCAGGAGGAUCCUAUUUUUCUGGAAUGAACUACAUUCCCUGUGCCUUGUCCAAAUAUCUGAAUACUGAUUCAGAUGAGAGGCUCAAAGAGCCUGGCUUUAAAUUAAUGAAGCCACAUACGGCAGAUACAGGGUGCAUACACAGCUUACAAGCCUCAGGAAAACAAGCAAACAAAAGAAAAGAAAAAGAAACUCUGCCUGGAAUGCUGACGCCUUCCACUGCGGGCGACACCAGAGGCGAGGCGAGGAUCAAUGCAGGAGGCACAAUCAGCCGUGCAUUAGAUGAUGGAACUCUGAUUGGUGGGCAGAAUACUUCUUGGGGCUCUUAUACUUCUCAGACACCCCAAGAAAAUGUCAACAACUGGACUACAGUCUUCUCGCUCAAUCACUAUGCACCGAACUAUGGUAGCUAUUGCUCCCAGGUCCCCAAUUUAUACGCCAAUGGCAUGUAUCCAUGGUAUGGCAACUACCAUCACAAGCCGCAGCCGCAGCCACUGCAGCCCCAGCUGCAGCCACCACCACUGUCAGUGGUAAUGCGGUGAAUUCUACGGACCGAGUGCUUCGUUCGUCAGGAGCUCUGCCGAACAAAAUCUUAUAUGUGGACCACUUCUGUGGCGCUAAACCUGUAUUGCUGUUUAUUCCGUGUUGUUUGGUACCCUUUCAGAUAAUGUAGCUGUGUGCUUUGCGUGAGAAGACUGAUGGUGCCCUGUUGUUAGAUAAUCCGUUUGAAUCACUAUGACUCAUUAAAUGAUGUUUUGUUGUAGCGUCUUGUGAAUCAUUAUUGAUGGACGGUUUUCAGAGGCUGA